AUGUUUAAAUCGUUAACAAUAAAAUCCAACAAGGUGAAGCCUAGAGAAGGGAACGAUGAGAAUAAACAAGGUCCUGAUCCAAGCAAUCAGCUUCAGCAAUCCACAAGACAGGGAGAAAACAAAAGUGAAAACAAAUCUCUCCAAACCAAGAUGACUCCUGUCACAUCUGAAGAGUCACACACCAAAAUACAAGAUAAAAUCUCCGAGAAAAAUUCACUCAAAGAUCUGACCCCAAGCCCUGACCAUCAAAAUGCAACAGAAUCAAAGGGAGCAACGCCAGAGCAGAAAGAAAUGGAGACUGGGAAAGAAGACUUAGUCAGUCCAAAAAGCAAACCACUUGGAGCCCCUGUUAUAAAUGAGUAUGCUGAUGCCCAGCUACACAACUUGGUGAAAAGGAUGCGUCAAAGAACAAUGCUCUACAAGAAAAAGUUGGCAGAAGGAGAUAUAUCAUCACCUGAAGCCAGCCCCCAAACUGCAAAGCCCACAGCUAUACCAUCAACACAAGAAAGUAAUGCUAAGCUAAAAGAAGAACAUUACUAUCACAUACUGUGUUUUAAAUUCCAGAAGAUGCCUCUAACAGAGUACCUAAAACGAAUUAGACUUCCAAGAAGCAUAGAUUCAUACACAGAUCGACACUAUCUCCUGUGGCUUCUGCUCGUCACCAUUGCUUAUAACUGGAACUGCUGGCUUAUACCACUGCGCUUCGUCUUUCCAUAUCAAACACCGGACAACACACACUAUUGGUUUAUUACAGACAUCAUAUGUGAUAUCAUCUACCUUUGCGAUAUGCUAUUAAUCCAGCCCAGACUCCAGUUUAUAAAAGGAGGAGACAUAAUAGUGGAUUCAAAUGAGUUAAAGAGACACUACAGGAGUUCUACAAAGUUUCAGCUGGAUAUUGCAUCAGUAAUGCCGUUUGAUGUUUUCUACCUCUUCUUUGGGUUUAAUCCAAUAUUUAGGACAAAUAGGAUAUUAAAGUACACUUCAUUUUUUGAGUUUAAUCAUCACCUAGAGUCUAUAAUGGACAAAGCAUAUAUCUACAGAGUCAUUCGAACAACUGGAUACUUGCUGUUUACUCUGCACAUUAAUGCCUGUAUUUAUUACUGGGCUUCUGACUAUGAAGGAAUUGGAACUACUAAUUGGGUGUAUAAUGGUGAAGGAAAUAAGUAUCUGAGGUGUUAUUACUGGGCUGUUCGAACUUUAAUUACCAUCGGGGGCCUUCCAGAACCACAAACAUCAUUUGAAAUAGCUUUUCAACUGUUGAAUUUUUUUUCUGGAGUUUUUGUGUUCUCCAGCUUAAUUGGUCAGAUGCAAGAUGUAAUUGGGGCAGCUACAGCCAAUCAGAACUACUUUCAAAUCAGCAUGGAUCAGACUAUUUCCUACAUGAACACUUAUUCCAUUCCUAAGACUGUGCAGAAUCGAGUUCGGACUUGGUACGAAUAUACGUGGGACUCUCAAAGGAUGCUAGAUGAGUCUGAUCUGCUGUGCACCCUGCCUCUCACCAUGCAGUUAGCCCUCACUGUGGAUGUGAACCUCAGCAUCAUCAGCAAAGUCGAGUUGUUCAAGGGUUGUGAUACACAGAUGAUUUAUGACAUGUUGCUAAGAUUGAAAUCCAUUGUUUAUUUACCUGGUGACUUUGUCUGCAAAAAGGGAGAAAUUGGCAAGGAAAUGUAUAUCAUCAAGCAAGGUGAAGUCCAAGUUCUUGGAGGCUCUGAUGGUACUCAGGUUCUGGUUACUUUGAAAGCUGGAGCAGUAUUUGGAGAAAUCAGCCUCCUAGCAGCAAGAGGAGGAAAUCGUCGAACCGCCAAUGUGAUAGCCCAUGGGUUCGCCAAUCUUUUAACUCUAGACAAAAAGACCCUCCAACAAAUUCUAGUGCAUUAUCCAGAUUCUGAAAAGCUCCUCAUGAAGAAAGCCAGUGUGCUUCUAAAGAAGAAAGCUCCAGGCACAGAGGCAACUCCUCCAAGAAAAGGACUUGCCUUUCUCUUCCCACCAAAACAAGAGACACCUAAAAUGUUUAAAGCUCUCCUGGGAGGUACAGGAAAAGCAGGACUUGCAAGACUACUCAAAUUGAAGAGAGAACAAACCAUUCAGAUGAAGAAACUGAACUCCAGAUCAACUUAUUUGGAUAAGAUCACAAAAAGUGACAGAAAAACUAUUACUCAGAAAACAAGUGAAAAUUCUGAAGAAGGAGAGGGUAAAGGAGCAGAAUAUGAAAAUAAAGGAAGAGAGCCAUCAGAGAAAACACAGGACAGCUCUGAAUGUAGAGCAAAUUCUAUUACAGCAGAAGAACCCCAGCCGAUUACAAGCGGAGCUUUACCCGGAGGAACUACUCAUCAGUCCCUCAUCAUCAGCAUGGCUCCUUCUGCAGAGGCUGGGGAAGAGGUUCUAACGAUUGAAGUCAAAGAAAAGGCUAAGCAAUAA